ACCAGCUCAGGUUACUGAAGGGGACGAACUAUAAAGGCCCGAGCUCAGGGAGGAGCUCCCUCCGGGCUCUAUUUAGAGCUGGGUAGGGGAGCGCAGCGGCCAUACAUCUCAGCGCUACCUGGCGGAACUGGAUUUCUCUCCCACCUGCAGCGUAAGCCUGCCUGCCGGCCUGCCUGCCACAGCUGGACUCCGCCACUCCGGUAGCCUCAUGGCUGCAACCUGUGAGAUUAGCAACAUUUUCAGCAACUACUUCAGUGCUAUGUACAGCUCGGACGACUCCACCCUGGCCUCUGUUCCCUCUGCUGCCACCUUUGGGGCCGAUGACUUGGUGCUGACCCUGAGCAACCCCCAGAUGUCAUUGGAGGGUACAGAGAAGGCCAGCUGGUCGGGGGAACAGCCCCAGUUCUGGUCGAAGACGCAGGUUCUGGACUGGAUCAGCUACCAAGUGGAGAAGAACAAGUACGAUGCCAGCGCCAUCGACUUCUCACGGUGUGACAUGGACGGGGCCACCCUCUGCAACUGUGCCCUUGAGGAGCUGCGUCUGGUCUUUGGGCCUCUAGGGGACCAGCUCCAUGCCCAGCUGCGAGACCUCACUUCCAGCUCUUCUGAUGAGCUCAGUUGGAUCAUUGAGCUGCUGGAGAAGGAUGGCAUGGCCUUCCAGGAGACGCUAGACCCGGUCCCUUUUGACCAGGGCAGCCCCUUCGCCCAGGAGCUGCUGGACGACGGUCAGCAAGCCAGCCCCUACCACCCCGGCAGCUGUGGCGCAGGAGCCCCCUCCCCUGGGAGCUCUGACGUCUCCACCACAGGGACUGGUACUUCUCAGAGCUCCCACUCCUCAGACUCCGGUGGAAGCGACGUGGACCUGGAUCCCACUGACGGCAAGCUCUUCUCCAGUGAUGGCUUUCCUGACUGCAAGAAGGGGGAUCCCAAGCACGGGAAGCGGAAACGAGGCCGGCCCCGAAAGCUGAGCAAAGAGUACUGGGACUGUCUGGAGGGCAAGAAGAGCAAGCACGCGCCCAGAGGCACCCACCUGUGGGAGUUCAUCCGGGACAUCCUCAUCCACCCGGAGCUCAACGAGGGCCUCAUGAAAUGGGAGAAUCGGCACGAAGGUGUCUUCAAGUUCCUGCGCUCCGAGGCUGUGGCCCAACUGUGGGGCCAAAAGAAAAAGAACAGCAACAUGACCUAUGAGAAGCUGAGCCGGGCCAUGAGGUACUACUACAAACGGGAGAUCCUGGAACGGGUGGAUGGCCGUCGACUCGUCUACAAGUUUGGCAAAAACUCCAGCGGCUGGAAGGAGGAAGAGGUUCUCCAGAGUCGGAACUGAGGGUCGGAACUAUACCCGGGACCAAACUCAUGGGCCACUCGAGGCCUGCAACCACUCCUGGGAGGACAGGCAGGCCAGAUGGCCCCUCCGCUGGGGAAUGCUCCCAGCUGAGCUGUGGAGAGGAGCUGAAGUUUUGGUGUAGUGUCUGCCGUCGUCCUGGGACUUGGAGGCUGUGGCCUCGCCUCCCCGGCCUCCUCUUGGAAUUACAAGCCCUGGGGUUUGAAGCUGACUCUAUAGCUGCAAGUGUGUCUCCUUUUAUCUGAUGCCUCCUCAAACCCAGACUAAACGAGACGGCACCUUCCUCCUGCAGACACCUGGACUGAGCCAGGGAGACCUGGGGAGGCCCUAGGGGAGCGCCGAGAUGGAGAAGACUGAGGAGGGGCUCCAGCACCUUCUUUCUGGACUAGCGUUCACCUCCCUGCUUGGUGCUUGGGCUCUACAGGCAGGGGUCAGAGCACUCCCUAAUUUAUGUGCUAUAAAUAUGUCAGAUGUACAUAGAGAUCUAUUUUUUCUAAAACAUUCCCUUCCCACUCCUCUCCCACAGAGUGCUGGACUGUUCCAGGCCCUCUGGUGGGCUGAUGCCGGGACCCUGAGGAUGGGGAUCCUGGCUCCUUUCUCCUGUGAAUGGAGGCAGAGACCUCCAAUAAAGUGCCUUCUGGGCUUUUUCUAACCUU